AUUACCUUAUCAGGUGCUAAAUGGUUCAAGCGUCGCAAGAUCCUAACGCCAACCUUCCACUUCAACAUCUUGAAGAACUUUGCCUCCGUCAUCGAGGAGAAAAGUCGCGCUCUGGUGUCCAAAUUGAAACAGCAGCAGAAUGAAGUUGACGUGUUCUCAGUCGUCAGUGACUUCACGCUUGAUACCAUUUGUGAGACGGCUAUGGGAACCCAGCUAGACCACGACAAGUCAAAAGCCACGGUGGAGUACAAGACUGCUGUAAUCGAGAUUGCAGUCGCGGUAAUGGAUCGCGUGGUGAAGUUCUGGCUCCAUAAUGACUUUGUCUACCAGAUUCUACCUGUUGGGCACCGGUUUAAGCAGGCCCUAAAAAAGGUCCAUAGUUUUGCAGACAACGUCAUAUUACAAAGGAAGAAACAGAAAGCUGAUGGAGCUGAUUCUACUACGAUUGAAGAAGAUAAUAUUGGGAAGAAGAGACGAGUGGCCUUGUUAGACUUACUGCUGGAAGCUGAGAGUAAAGGAGAAAUAAAUCUGGAAGGAAUCAGGGAAGAGGUUAAUACGUUUAUGUUUGCGGGUCUGGACACCACAGCUACUGCUUUGACUUUCGGACUUAUGUUACUAGCAGACCACGAAGAAGUUCAGGAGAGAAUAUACGAAGAAUGCCGACACAUAUUUGGGGAUUCUGACAGGAUAGCCAGCAUGUCCGACCUCGCCGAGAUGAAGUACCUGGAGGCAGUGCUAAAAGAGACUUUAAGGCUGUACCCGAGCGUGCCUUUUAUAGCCAGGGAGAUCACGGAGGAUUUCAUGAUGGGAGACAUUCUCAUAAGAAAAGGCGUAGAAGUCGGCAUUCAUAUGUACGACCUCCAUCGAAGAUGGGACCUCUUUCCAGACCCUGAAGAGUUCAAGCCUGACAGAUUCCUGAGUGAUGAGAUCAGACAUCCUUAUGCUUACAUACCUUUCAGCGCUGGACCGAGAAAUUGCUUAG